AUGACAACUCGACCGAAUAUCUUGGUCAUCGUCGCGGAUUAUCUAGGCUUCUCAGACGUGGGUGCGUUCGGCGGCGAGAUUGAAACGCCACAUCUGGAUCGUCUGGCGGCGGAGGGCCUGCGGUUCACCGACUUCCACGCGGCGUCGGCAUGCUCUCCAACAAGGUCAAUGCUGAUGAGCGGGACAGACCACCAUAUUGCCGGCAUAGGAAAGAUGGCUGAGGCCAAAGCAGAGUUCCACAGGAACAAGCCCGGAUAUGAAGGUUUCCUUAAUGAUACUGUAGCGCCGCUCCCCGGCUUGCUGAGAGAUGCUGGCUAUUUCACCAUGAUGGCAGGCAAGUGGCAUUUGGGCAGUGAGUCUGGACAGUUUCCUUGCGAUCGUGGCUUCGAGAAGUCUUUCGCUCUUCUUCCAGGGGCUGCCAACCACUAUGGCUACGAAACCCAGCUUGAGCCGGGCGACGAAUUGCUGGGGUGGAUGAAGCAUUGUCCAAGCCUCUACGUCGAGGACGAUAGGAGAGUCCCUUUGUUGCAAUAUUUCGGCGAGAGGGCCGCUUCCAAGCACGACCGAGAUCGACCUUUCUUUGCAUACUUGCCUUUCGCGGCGCCGCAUUGGCCUCUUCAAGCGCCGGACGCGAACAUCCUGAAGUAUCGAGGAAUCUACGACACCGGGCCCGCUGCACUCCGUGAGCGGCGUUUGCAAAACCUGAAGAAAAUGGGCUUAGUUGCUGCAGAUGUCCUUCCUCACGAAGUGGUCGCAUUUGGCGGCAGCGCCUCGCACAGGAGUGGGAGUCUCUCUCGGUGGACGAUAAAGCGUAUUCCUCCCGCACGAUGGGAAGUCUACGCGGUCAUGGUGGACCGCAUGGACGAGCAAAUCGGACGGGUUAUCUGCUAUCUCGAGGAUACUGGCGAGCUUGAACGCACCGUCGUGCUAUUCAUGUCUGACAAUGGGGCUGAGGGGGUCAUGCUCGAGGCCGUGCCGGUGAUGGGUGACAACACGGUUGCCCAUCUAGACAAGUAUUACGACAACUCGGUGGACAACAUUGGACACAAGAACUCUUUAGCCGCAGAGGACUGCGGAGCGGUCGAUGGAAAGCAGUUUUCAUUCCGGAGCCAUUUGGGCGGGCAUCUGGCAGCUGUAUGA